UUACGACAGUGUCGUAAAGAGGUGACAGGUUUGACCAGUCGUCCUCUGAUUCCUGUCUGCAUCGUUGCCCUUCAGUUUAAUCAGAGUAAGAGCUCAUUUUGCUCGACUUGGUCUUUAAUAAGCGCUGAACAAUGGCAGGGACGAUUGCACGUAAAGCUUUUGAUCACCUUCGGAGCAAAGAGUUCCGGGAUUAUUUGACGAGCACGCAUUUCUGGGGUCCUGUAGCAAACUGGGGUCUUCCUAUCGCUGCCAUCACAGACAUGAAGAAGAGCCCUGAAAUCAUUAGUGGCAGGAUGACCUUUGCUUUGUGCUGCUAUUCACUGCUCUUCAUGAGGUUUGCUUACAAGGUUCAGCCACGUAACUGGCUGCUCUUUGCCUGCCAUUUGACCAAUGAGUCUGCACAACUGAUCCAGGGAAGUCGUCUCAUCAAAUACAACAUGGAGAAGAAGAUGGGAUCUUCAUAGCAGAAAAGGGUGGAUGAUGGAUAAUAUCAAAAAGCUGCUUCCGGAGCCUUCUAAACAUCAGUACUCAUUCAACAAACAUUUAAUUAAAUCAGUAAAACAACUGUUGCACUUUUGCAGAUUUUUUUAACCCAUUUUUAUCAAGAUUAGUCCAAAAAAGGUCCGAAAUUAUGGUUUAUAUUUUAAAUUAUUUGCAUAAAACAACACAUAAAUGUAUGUGAGGAAUGUACACUGAAUAUUAAAAUUGUUAGCUUGAUAUGAAACACACCUUCUGACAAAUUUCAUGUUACUUGUAUUACUAUAGGUCAUUGCCACCAUAUUUUUUAGAGCAUCAAAAAUGUCCGGUAUGCCAGGUCAUUCUCAUUGUGUAAAUUGUAAUCUCUUCUUGUUUUUCAAACACUUAUAAAACAAAGAUUACCAGGUAAAUUGUGCAUUUAAGUACAACAUAUUUUCCUUAUUUAAGAAAAAAUAUAUCCGGCUUAAACAAAAAAUUAAGUCUUUUGAUGCUCUUAAAUUAUAAUUAUAUAAUAUUUUAUUUGACGUGAAAUUCACAACUGUAAAUGAUUGUCCAGUAAACAUGAAUGAAACCAGCUGUUUGUCAUCGUAUAUAACAUCUGGCAGUCAUGCCAUUCACAUUAGCUCAUGUCAUGUUUCGGCCCUAAUGUCCCCGUUGUAGAUUUCUUUAAAUAAACUUGAUAUAAUAAUA